AAAUAAUUACUUUUUUUUUUUUUUGUUCCCUUUUUCCUUUCCAAAUUAUUUUAAGAUUUUAAGAUAUGGCGUUGACUAGCAACGGCGGCUCCGGGAAGGGUCUGAUCGUUAGUUUCGGCGAGAUGCUGAUCGACUUCGUCCCCACCGUCUCCGGCGUCUCCCUAGCGGAGGCGCCGGGUUUCCUCAAGGCCCCCGGCGGUGCUCCGGCCAACGUCGCCAUAGCUGUGGCCAGGCUGGGCGGUAGGGCCGCGUUCGUCGGCAAGCUCGGGGACGACGAGUUCGGGCACAUGCUCGCCGGGAUCCUGAAGGCUAACGGCGUCUGCGCCGACGGCGUCAACUUCGACAAGGGUGCCCGCACGGCGCUGGCGUUUGUGACCCUACGCGCCGACGGCGAGCGUGAGUUCAUGUUCUACAGGAAUCCCAGCGCCGACAUGCUUCUCACCCCCGAUGAGUUGAAUCUGGGAUUGAUUAGAUCUGCAAAGGUUUUCCAUUAUGGAUCGAUAAGCUUGAUAGUGGAGCCGUGCAGAUCGGCACAUCUAAAGGCAAUGGAGGAGGCCAAGGCAGCUGGCGCCUUGCUGUCAUACGACCCCAACCUUCGGCUGCCACUUUGGCCGUCUGCAGAGUAUGCAAAGGAGCAAAUUAUGAGCAUUUGGGAGAAAGCUGACAUCAUCAAGGUGAGUGAUGUGGAGCUCGAGUUCUUAACUGGGAGUGACAAGAUUGAUGACGAGACCGCUCUUUCCCUGUGGCACCCCAAUUUGCAGCUUCUUUUAGUCACUCUUGGUGAGAAGGGAUGUAACUAUUACACCAAGAAUUUCCGGGGAUCUAUUAGUGGCUAUCCGGUUAAUACUGUGGACACAACUGGAGCUGGUGACUCUUUUGUGGGAGCCCUUCUUGGCAAUAUUGUUGAUGACCAUGACUUAAUCCACGAUGAGGCGCGAUUGAAGGAAGUAUUGAAAUAUGCAUGUGCGUGUGGAGCCAUAACCACAACCAAAAAAGGUGCAAUUCCAGCUCUUCCCACACCCGAUGAAGCCCUAACCCUACUCAAUAGAUCAAAAUAGAGAUUUUAUUAAUUUUCUAAUUUUCUAAGUUUAGAGAUUUUAUUCUAAGCUCGUCCUUUUUUUGCAUUGCAAUUUUUCAAUCUCAACCGGUUUGGCAUUUCCAUUUGACAUUGACAUUGUAACCGGUUUGUUAACUUGUGAUUAUGGACAAAUAAUAAAUGGUAUUGUUUAUUUUCUAGUUUUUCAUGUCUAUUAAUAUGGUAAUGGGAAAUGUUGAUGUACCAUAAUUUGGCAUUCUACUGUUUAUGGUGAUACCCGCGAUGUAAUUUAUAAAGUUAAACACAAGAAAAUGAUGGAAGAGAAAAGAAAAAAGAAGAAAUCAAACAAGUGUUUUAUUGUCC